UGUUCUUCCGAUCUGGCACUUCAGCACACAGCUGAGAGAGACACGCAAUCUUCAGCAUUGCUUGCUAGCAAGUUCGGUGUAGAGAAACCAAGAAGACGUCGGCGAUGGCGGAGAGGGUGUCGCGGCUGUCGACGGAGAAGGCGGUGGUGAUCUUCACGCGGAGCCAGUGCCCGAUGUGCCACACGGUGUCGAGCCUCUUCUCCGAGCUUGGCGUGUGCGCGGCGGUGCACGAGCUGGACAAGGACCCGCGCGGCCGCGAGAUGGAGCGGGAGCUCGCCCGCCGCCUCGGCCGCGCGCCGCCGGUCCCCGCCGUCUUCGUCGGCGGCAACCUCGUCGGCUCCACCGACAAGGUCAUGUCGCUGCACCUCGCCGGCAAGCUCGUGCCCAUGCUCAAGGGCGCUGGCGCCAUAUGGCUCUGAAUCCACCCAUCCAUCCAUCCAUUGGCGAUGACAACUAUAUAUAAUCAACAUGAUCACACCCUAAAUUUUGCUGGGUUUAUAUAAAAAUUUACACCUUGCCUGGAGGAAAAACUAACUAAUUGCAGGCAUCUAAAUUAAGACUUAAUAUAAUGCUACACUACAGAAUAUGUUCUCAAGUCAGAGAUAUAUAUGAGGCGCCUUUGUGGGCCGUCCGAUCGAAACCGAAGGUUAGGAUGCAACCUAAAUAUGUGAGAGGUUUAUUACUUUUGUUUUGCCGCUGGUGUAACCUAGCAGGGCUGAAAAGGGUGUAAAGGGACUACCUUGUAACCUCCCCUUUCCAGUUUCUCCAAUGAGAUAUGAAUUUUGAGCUACCUAUCUCUCUUCA